ACACUUCACAUUCGGCUGCCCAACAAUCUUCCGCCUAGCCAUAGGGGUGAAUUGGCUAAGUUUGCUUACAAGGUUGUAUUGGUUCUCGAGAUUAUGUUUCACGAGCCUGUCGACAGCUCAGGUACCUCCAGGCUACCGGCUCGCCUUACGCACGUCCUACAACUACCUCUUCGUCUGCUGCCUCCAGUCUGGAUCUACGCUGCCCCCGCAAAUAGAGGCAAUAAUAGUGGCAGUCGUAAUGACUCGCUCUUGCAUGGCCAUGUUUAUUCUCCUUCCCAGACUAUUCCUUCAUCCUAUUCAAGCAACCCUUUCUUACAUACCAGUGGCCGAAAUAUAAGCGCACGUAGUCAUAAUCGACCCCGUCUGCGUCGAUUUCCGCCUGGAACCAUAAAAGAAUCGACUGGUCUCCUCUCAGAUCCUUGUACUUCUGAGUCAUCCGGCUUGCCCGGAUAUAUUUAUGGGCCCGACUCCGAUCUCAAGUCUGACCUGAACCUCCCACAAUAUCCCUAUCACGAUCCACUCUCCGGCUCAUACUUCGACACAAGCUCUGGCUCUGACUCUGACUCCUCAUCCUUCACAAUAACUUUGCCGGAACCUAUCGAGUUUGGCUCAAAACUGCCGGACUAUUCGACUAGCUACCACUCUUUGAAAGAUUUUACUUUUCCCCAUAACCCCAUCUCUGCAGUACCUGAUGAUUGCGCACCUGUCGGAAAACGAACAGCUACUGCUGGACAGAUACGGGCCUCAUUGAGCGAGGCAACAGACGCUCUGAAAGACGAGAUAGUGCCGUCUUAUAAGUCAUUCCAGAAUUCCAGUCAACUUCAUGAAACAGCCUGUUUGGAGGUUAAUCAUUAUUUUUCCGAACAGUCUAAUGGUGCAUAUAUGUAA